UCCUUCUGUUCGAGCAGCGUGGACUGAAGCUGUGUGUUUGGGAGCAGCAACUGAGUCAUUCUACGAUAAUAAAAACUUCUGAUGCCGUCAAACGUGUAGUUUGUUGAAAAUGUCAGAGCAGCGAGAAACAGCUGUCGUCUUUGUUCUGCAGAAAACCUUUAACUCAAAGCCCAGUCAGCUCCGUCUCAGUUGAUGUUAAAAUUGAAGUGAGUUGGUUCAGAAUGGACUCCUCUAUGAGUGCAGCCCAAAUUCGUCAGAAGUUCAUCGACUUCUUCCGUCGCUAUGAGCACCACUAUGUCCACUCCUCGGCCACCAUCCCACUGGACGACCCCACGCUGCUCUUUGCCAACGCUGGCAUGAACCAGUUCAAGCCCAUCUUCCUCAACACCAUCGAUCCGUCCCAUCCCAUGGCCAAGCUGCGUCGUGCUGCAAACACCCAGAAGUGCAUCAGAGCAGGAGGCAAACACAACGACCUGGACGACGUGGGUAAAGAUGUCUACCACCACACCUUCUUUGAGAUGCUGGGGUCCUGGUCCUUUGGGGACUACUUCAAGCACCUGGCCUGUGAGAUGGCCUUGGAGCUUCUGACCAAGGAGUUUGGCAUUCCCAUCGAGCGUCUGUAUGUCACCUAUUUUGGGGGUAGCACAGAGGCAGGCCUGGAGCCCGACCUGGAAUGCAAACAAAUCUGGAUUGAUCUAGGGAUGGAUGAGGCUCGCAUCCUGCCCGGCAGCAUGAAGGACAACUUCUGGGAGAUGGGAGACACCGGUCCCUGUGGUCCCUGCAGUGAGAUCCACUACGACCGCAUCGGAGGGAGAGACGCCUCUCACCUGGUGAACAUGGACGAUCCCAACGUGCUGGAAAUCUGGAACCUGGUGUUCAUCCAGUUCAAUAGAGAAUCAGAAACAGAGCUGAAGCCCCUCCCUAAAAAGAGCAUCGACACGGGGAUGGGUUUGGAGCGGCUGGUGUCCGUGCUACAGAACAAGAUGUCGAACUACGACACUGACCUCUUCAUCCCUUACUUCAAAGCCAUUCAGAAGGGUACAGGUGCUCGACCUUACACAGGUAAAGUAGGUGCUGAGGAUGCUGAUGGUAUUGACAUGGCUUACCGUGUACUGGCUGACCACGCCCGCACCAUCACCAUCGCCCUCUCAGAUGGAGGCCGGCCAGACAACACAGGAAGAGGGUACGUGUUGAGGAGGAUCCUGCGUCGUGCUGUCCGUUAUUCCCAUGAGAAGCUGGGGGCUCAGAAAGGCUUUUUCGCCUCUCUGGUUGAUGUGGUGGUCGAUUCCCUGGGGGAUGCGUUCCCCGAGUUGAAGAAAGACCCAGAAAUGGUGAAGGAAGUUAUUAAUGAGGAGGAGACGCAGUUCCUGAAAACCCUCAGCAGGGGGCGCCGUAUCCUCGAUAGGAAGAUCAUGAGCCUGGCAGACUGCAAGACCAUCCCAGGUGACACAGCAUGGCUGCUGUACGACACAUACGGCUUCCCUCUGGACCUGACGUCCCUCAUCGCAGAGGAGAAAGGCAUGAUGGUGGACCUGGCUGCUUUUGAGGAGGAGAAGAAGGCGGCACAGUUGAAAUCCCAGGGUAAGGGUGCAGGAGACGAGGACCACAUCAUGUUGGACAUCUACGCCAUUGAAGAGCUGAGAAACAAAAAGAUUCCCGCCUCAGACGACUCUCCUAAAUACAAGUACAGCUCGGACCAAAACGGAAACUAUGCCUUCGAGCAGACCACCGCCACAGUCCUCGCCCUCCGCCGUGACCGUGCCUUCUGUAACGAGGUGACGACGGGGCAGCAGUGUGGCGUUCUGCUCGACCAGACGACCUUUUACGCAGAGCAGGGCGGACAGACAUUUGACGAGGGCUACAUGCUGCGAGAGGACGACAGCACAGACGAUCGGACAGAGUUCACAGUGAAGAACACGCAGGUCCGAGGCGGUUUUGUUCUCCACGUGGGGACAGUUUAUGGCACACUGAAGGUUGGAGACCGCGUUACCUUACGUGUUGAUGAGGCUCGUCGUAGGCCCAUCAUGAGCAACCACACCGCCACGCACAUCUUAAACUUCGCCCUUCGGGGGGUUUUAGGGGAGGCAGACCAGAGAGGCUCCCUGGUCGCUGCAGACCGUCUUCGCUUUGACUUCACAGCUAAAGGUGCGCUGAGCACCGGGGAGGUCCGACGGACUGAGGAGAUUGCCUGUGCUCUCAUAAGAGAUAAUAAGGAGGUGUAUGCCAUGGACGCCCCACUCGCAGAAGCCAAAGCCAUCCAGGGUCUGCGUGCCGUGUUUGACGAGACCUACCCCGACCCCGUCCGAGUUGUGUCUAUUGGUAUCCCCGUGGAGGAGCUGCUGAAGGACCCAGAGAGUGCUGCUGGUUCUCUCACCUCCAUCGAGUUUUGCGGUGGAACCCAUCUGCGGAACUCGGGUCACGCAGCACCAUUUGUCAUCGUCUCGGAGGAGGCCAUCGCUAAGGGCAUCCGCCGUAUUGUUGCUGUGACAGGAGCAGAGGCCCAGAAGGCUCAGAGAAAAGCUGAUUCCCUACAACAGUCUCUGUCCUCCCUGGGAGUCAAGGUGAAGCAGCAGAAGGCCCCAAACAAGGACAUCCAGAAGGAGAUCGCAGACAUGACAGAGAUGAUAGGCACAGCAGUGAUCUCUCAGUGGAGGAAGGACGAGAUGAGGGAAACUCUGAAGGGCCUGAAGAAGAUCAUGGAUGACCUGGACCGCAGCUACAAGGCUGACAUCCAGAAGAGGGUCCUGGAGAAGACCAAGGAGGUGAUCGCGAGCAGCCCCAACCAACCGCUGCUCGUCAUGGUGCUGGAGAGCGGGGCGUCGGCCAAGGCUUUGAAUGAUUCGCUGAAGCUGCUGAAAACUCAGUCCCCUCAGACCGCCGCGAUGCUCUUCACCAUUGACCCCGAGGCCAGCAAGAUCAUCUGCCUGUGUCAAGUCCCAGAGGAAGUGUCCAAACGCGGUCUGAAGGCCAACGAGUGGGUUCAGGAGAUUUGCCCCCUGAUGGACGGCAAAGGAGGCGGCAAAAACAUGUCGGCCCAGGCCACGGGCAGGAACACACAGUCCCUGCAGGAUGCACUAGAUGUGGCCAACGAGUUUGCACGGCUCAAACUGGGAGAGAACUGAGGCGGAGAGAGGAUUUGUUGUGAUGGCGGAGGAGUCGUGAGUCAGAAUCCAGCCAACAAGUCUCCUCCAAGCCUCCCCACUCUUUCCUCUUUUCUUCUCUCUUAGGGUGAAAAGAUAAAAACUUCCAGGUUGGUUUCCCACUCCUGCAAUAACAAGAGAUGACCGCUGACACUCAGCCAGCACUAAAUGAGCCACUUGUUUUUUACACAAUAAUUGCAUCCUGUAAGAUCAUUCACUUUGGAAAUUGCUUGAAUAUAGAAGAAGAUCCUCUCGUGCAGUAAAGCUUAACAGAAAGAAGAUGAGAAAGUAAUCGUAGUGUCUCCGUCAUUAUCUCAUUCCCACCACAAAUGAAAAUAAAAGGGAAGAACUUUUGAUGGUUUUAGCUUUCUGCCAGUACCAUACAGCUCAGGUGAAGUGACUAAACCUGUUUACUUUCUGUAUCAAACCGGUGUCCUGAUCAUGAAAUACUUCCACCAUGUCUCUGUUUGUCUCAUUUCACUGGUUUUGUCUUUAAAACCCCUGCAGGUUCAUUUUCUGCUUCCACGUUAGCUGGGAAAGAAAAAUGAAGCACAAAUCCCGCUCUUAAAUGAUUUAGGCACAGUGUGCGCAGUGUGUCCUGUGUUGGCUGAUCUUCUGAUCUAAUCUGAACAGUGUCUUCGUCCGUCUGUGUGAGUGAAAGCCUCAGUUCUCUCCUUGAUUUGUCGGCCAUGAGUUGUAGCUGUGUCAUUAAUCUUUUUUCAAAUAACAAGCCGUUAUCUGUCAUGUGUGUCCCCAGGUUUAAUUUAGUAAAUUAAUACUUCAUUCAUAGAAUAAAUGAUCAUUAAUUUGUGUCAUAAUAAAUCAGUGUCGCUUCAUUCCGCUGACAUUUGAAAUCGAUUGAAUGCAGAAUGUGGAAAAUGUCCUUCAUUGUUGCUGUCGGAGAAAUGUCACGUUAUGAGAUUGGAAUAAAUACGACUGGUAAAUGCUG